GUUGUGCCCUAUAUGUGCAUGAGUGUGUCCAGGACGGACCACUCUUAUUUCCAUUUCCCCAUCGAAGACUGGUCUCCAGGAUUGAUGUUGAUGAUGAUGGAUGCCUGAUUAUGUGUCGAUGUUCUGAUUCUGACAGUGACUUGAUGUUACACGACAGACAUUGAUUGCUUUUAAAUACAGUCCACUACUACUUGUCCGACCUCGAGUUAUCAUCUGGUCCUUCGAACCGGAGCUACCGGCAUCGUUCUGAAUCACGCUGUUCAGCAUUUGAUUCGACUUCGACUGGCGUUGUAGCAGACCUGCCCACGCCUUCAGCAUUUGAUUCGACUUCGACUGGCGUUGUAGCAGACCUGCCCACGCCUUCAGCGUUUUGAUUCGACUUCAACUGGCGUUGUAGCAGACCUGCCCACGCCUCAUCUUCAGCAUUUCAUUCGACUUCGACUGGCGUUGUAGCAGACCUGCCCACGCCUUCAGCGUUUUGAUUUGACUUCAACUGGCUUUGUAGCAGACCUGCCCACGCCUCUUCAGCAUCUGAUUCGACUUCGACUGGCGUUGUAGCAGACCUGCCCACGCCUUCCAGCAUUUGAUUUGAUUUGCCUGCCGUUAAAACCGACCGGCCACGCUGAUCAGCGUUGAAUUGACCUGCGCUGUGGCGCCUUGACAAAGAUUGUCUGCCGUUAAGCAGACCCGACCAAGCCAACGAGAACCAAGUUGGAAGGAACUGACCAGUUCCAGCUAAGAGGAUCCUUGCCCGUCAAGCAGAGCCGACUACUCGACGAGAACCAAGUUGGGGAGUUCAGCUAUAGACCGACGGUGUUCCAGGAUCCUAAUUUUACCCUCAUUUGAACUGACUAAGAGCCUGCCGUUAAGCAGGCAACCCAGGAGACGAAGAUUCUCCAUCGACGAGCAGAGCUGCCAUCCACUACGUUGCUGUUAGCUCUGAUCCUUCGCUGUCUCCUAGCCCUUUUCAUCAUGGCGGAGGAUAUUGCAGCAUUCACCAUCGACCAAUGCAGGGCCCGCCAGAAAGUACUGCGCUUUAAGAUAACCGGAUGCUGCACCCGUAUGCGGAAAGUUAUAACCAACAAGCUUUCACGCCGUGAAGCCACGCGCCUCCUGGAUGAGGCUCGCACCCUCCUUGGUGAUUCCGGCCCGAUUAAUGACCGUUUAUUGGAGCUGUUGGAGGAGGCUGAAGGAGAGCAACAACAAGAAGCCUUCCUGCGUUACGGAGGAGAUGUUGACGGAGUGGCGGACGAGGUGGCUGCUUAUAUCUCUAGCCGAGAGGGGGAUUCAGCUUCCGUCCCUGGAUGGGAUCCUACAGAUCCGGAAGUAAUCGCAGCCCGACAACGAGCCCAAGACGCCACGAAGGUCUACGAGGAGGCCGCCAAAGCAGCCGAAGAAGCAUUGAAGGAGAUGGAGGCAGCCAAGCAGUCCGUUCAGGACCUAGGGGAGGAGAAGGACUUAAAUGGAGAUCGGGAGGACGAUUUUAAGUCGAUUAUCUCCGUACCCCCGUACAAACCGGUAGCACGAGUUCAUGCUCCGGAUGAAUGGAUCACCAACUAUUGCAGUGGAAGAGAGAAGCCCUUCGUUUAUUCCGGUGAUCAUCGCCAUACAUCGGUUCGAGUUGAUUUGGAGGUUUACUCUGGGCGCGCUCUGGAUUGGUUUGAGUGGAUCGACCUCUUUCACUCACUCGUACACCAGACCGGCAAGGCACCUGGAGAGAAGCUGGCGAUUUUGAAGAGGAACGUACGGGGAGAGACGGCCGAUUUAGUUUACGGAUUAGGUGGAGGUGAGCUGGCCUACAAGGAGUCUCUCCGACGUUUGAAAGAGACAUGUGGCAGCCGUGCAGUUAUCCGUGCAGCACACCUUCAAGCCUUGGAUCGAGUCGAGCCUCCGACGCCCGCUACCUUCCGUAGAUUUGCCGAAAAGGUGAGGACUCACCUCUUCAAUCUCACCUGGAUCGGGGAGACCGGCCAUGCUGAUUUGAUCGAGCGGCUCACGCAGAAACUUCAGCCCCAGGAUCGGUUGCACUGGAAUGACGGCCAGCGUGGAGGAUUGGAGCGGCGCACCAUGAACGAGUUCGGCCACUGGCUAUGUACGCGAGCGGCUGCCUACCAGAAUGCAUACUCCAUUGCCGCCGAACAGCACCAGGAAAGCAACAAUCCAGCUCGGCCACCCCAGACGGGAAACAACCCGCAUCAUCAGAAGAGGCAUUCACGGGCCCACCAGGCCUCCACCAAUCACCGAGCCGGACCGGCUCGAGGGGCUCCUGCCCCUACGCCUCGUGAGGGAACGACACCAGCAUCCAAGCCUCCAUAUUGUUUUAAAUGUGAGGGUGAGCAUCGGUUGGCUGAUUGCCAAUUCUUCAAGAAUAUGCCCGUUGCUGGACGAAUGACCUUCAUCAUGGUGCGUGGCCUGUGUUACUGUUGCUUCGGCGUACGACAUGGAGCUGGCAACUGUAGCUUCAAGAAAGAAUGCGGCAAGGACGGAUGCAAGACGUUCCACCACCCUCUGAUCCACACUGACCGGGGACUUCCGGAGAGAACGGGCACCUCACAUUCGGCCAGAGCAACGUCCGGUACUAUCGCCUUUGGUGUGAUCCGCCUCGACGCUAUGAAUGCUGACGGGGAGCUGGUGCCCAUCAAUGUUAUGUUGGACGCCGGGAGCAACACAACUUUCAUCCGUGAGGGAUUAGUACGUUCGCUCCGGAUUUCAGGCGAGCGACAGACACUUCGGAUCCAGGGAGUAGCUGAUGCGGCUUCAACGCAUCCGAAUUCAGAAGAAUUGUUUCUCCAGCUGAAAACGGCCUUCGGUGACAUGGUGACCCUUAGGGGCUCGACCUUAAAGACCGUGACACAGCCAGUUCCCGUGUACAAUUGGGAGCAGCUUCGCCACCGUUGGACCCACCUUAACGACUUGCCGCCGCUACGCAGUUCCGGCGGAAGAAUCGACGUCCUGAUUGGUUUGAACCAUACAACGCUCAUCACACCGACAGAUUAUCGACUUGGAGCCGACGACGAGCCAGCAGCUAUCAAGACCAGGCUUGGAUGGACAAUCCUUGGUGUGCUGGGAUCUGGAUCGACGACGGAGGCCCUCUGCCACCGUGCCUUUGCCUCAUCAGACGUACACAUCACAGCGGAGCUGGUGGAACAACUACGACGAUUCUGCGACACCGAAUCAUUCGGUACCGAGUAUCAGGGUGCCGGAAUGUCCACCGAAGAUCGACGGGCAGUCGCGAAGCUGGACGCUGAGACCAAGAAGCUGGAUGUGGGUUACCAGGCCCCAAUUCUCUGGAAGGAUGAAGAGCCUCCAUUGCUGCCCGACAACCGGAGUGUAGCUGAUUCCCGUAUUCGUCCGCUUUUGAACAAAUUUACAAGAGAUCCAGCCUAUGAGAAACACUAUCGAGAGUCGAUGGCCAAGAACUUUGCUGAAGGUUAUGCAAGGCGGCUGUCUACCACAGAGGUCGAGGAGCGGCCAACUCGAUAUUGGCUGCCCCAUUUUGCAGUACCCAAGGUUGCCGGUCGUCCUGAGCUGCGGUUGGUGUUCGACGCAGCUGCCAAGUACCGCGGGAGGAGCCUCAAUGAUUACGUCACACCUGGUCCAGCACUUCAAAAUCCGCUCCCAGCGGUAAUUCUACACUUCCGGGAAGGAGAGGUGGCGUGGUCGGCAGACAUAGGAGCCAUGUUCAGCCGGAUCCGACUAGACGACGUGGAUCGACGCUACCUUCGAUUCCUCUGGCCGGAAGAGGACGGAACAUUGACAACGUGUGAGAUGACACGGGUGACCUUUGGUGUCUCAUGUUCGCCCUAUACGGCUAUCCGAACGACCUGGAGAGCAGCAGACGACGCCGCCGUAGACCAGGGUGAGGCAGCAGCCGCCAUCCGGAGGUACCUCUACGUGGACGAUUACCUGGAUUCCAGCAAGACCACUGACGAGGCGCUGCGCCGGGCGACAGCAGUCAACAAGGCUCUGAGCAGUGGCGAUUUCCAUCUGAAUCAUUGGGUGAGCAACGACGCACGCCUGCUGGAGCAGCUCUCGCUACCAGAUCCAAAGGAGAGUGGCGUCAACACGGUCAACCUUGGCGCUGACGACGCCGAGAUGGUCCUGGGCGUCACCUGGAGGCCAGCCACUGAUGUUUUGGGGUUUCGUGUCCGGUUGGCAGAGAUCAACUACACCCGGGCCGGGCUCCUUUCGAAGGUUGCCGGAUUAUUCGAUCCCCUUGGCGCCGCUGCUCCAAUCACCGUUAAGGCCAAGAUACGACUACGCCACCUUGGCGUGAAAGGCCUGAAGUGGGAGGAUGCGGUGACUGGACCAGACCGUGAAUGGUGGGAGAGCUAUUUUGACACAAUGCAGCAGCUAAAGACGGUGGAAUUUGCCCGCUGCCUCUUUCCGGAUGAGGACCGAAUCGUCCGGACCGAACUGGACACUUUCGUGGACGCCUCUGAGGAGGCCUGCGCCGCCGCCGUGACAAAGUUGGCGCCGCUGAAAACAGUGUCCGUGUGCAAGUUGGAGCUGAACGCUGGACUUCUUGGAGCGCGUUUGGCCCGUUUUGUGGAAUCUUCAUUGACCCGGAAGAUCGCAGCGCGUCGUUUCUGGACCGAUAGCAGUACGGUGCGCAACUGGGUUCGAGCGCUAUCUGGUGACUACCAGGUCUACGUGAGCAAUCGUAUCGGUGAAAUCCAGACCCUAUCGGACCCUUCAGAGUGGCGUUUCGUCCCGGGAGUCCUAAACCCAGCGGAUGCGGCGACCCGCUCUCAACUGGAUGACCGGGCAAUCCCAGCGUGGUGGUUGGACGGACCACCCUUCUUGUAUCAAGAGGAGACGGCCUGGCCGCAAGACCUCCCCUGGACCUUGGAGAAGGCGGAGAUGCGUGGGGCCCGCGCCCAUGUGAGUGAUGUCGUGUCGGAGAAGAUAGUGCCAUUCGACUGGAAGACGGUGAGGAUAGCUGCCAGCGACGUGCCUACUCUCAUCAGAUUAGAGAAUGACUAUCUCGAUCUCGUCCGACGGUGCCAGAGGGAGACCUAUCCCGAGGAGAUAAGCAGACUGGAGCGUGGAAAAGUGAUUCGCCCUACAUCACCCUUGCAGCCCUUGACCCCCUUUUUGGAUGCUGACAAGGUGUUGCGGCUUGGAGGCCGUCUCAGCAGAGCGAAGUUACCGUACGAGGUCCUCCAUCCGCCGAUUCUGAAUGGCCGACAUCUGUUAGCGCGAGCAAUCAUCCGCGCCUUUCAUGAGCAGCUUCAUCAUUCCGGAACCGACAUGGUGCUUGCCCAGGUGCGACAACAUUUCUGGAUCACAGCAGGAAGAGAGGCGGUCAAGAGAGCUCGCAACGAGUGUCUGGCGUGUCGGCGUUUCCGACCAAAAGCAGCGCUACAGAUGAUGGCGGACGUUCACAGGGCCCGGCUAGGUGCUCACCAGCCUCCGUUCACCUACACCUCCGUCGACUAUUUCGGCCCCAUUGACAUCGCCUAUCACAGAGGGACGGCCAAGCGAUGGGGCGCCCUGUUUACGUGUUUAGUGACGCGUGCCGUGUACGUCGACGUGGCGAUCUCUCUAUCAGCCAACGAUUUCUUGCUGGUUUUGCGCCGCUUCGUUUCUAUCUACCGCAAGCCAGCUGAGAUGUUCUCCGACAACGGAACUAAUUUGACCGGGGCGGAGCGACUAUUACGUGAAGAGCUGGAGAGACUAAAGGAGAGUUCGGCGUUGGAGACGGAGCUCAAAGCUCUCGGGAUUCGAUGGUGGUUCCAGCCAGCCCAGACACCCCACUUUGGUGGAGCUCACGAAUCACUGGUGCGUUCGGUCAAGCGAGCGCUCUACCCAGUGCUGGACAAGGAGUUGAACGGACAGCGUAAUCCGAGCGAGGAGAUUCUUCGGACGCUCCUGUUUGAGGUGUCAGGACUGCUCAAUUCCCGCCCUCUGACUUAUGUCAGCUCAGAUGUUGACGAUAUUCGGCCCUUGACGCCGAACGAUUUUUUGAAUCGCGCGCCAAUUGCGGAUCUACCGGCGGGUGAUUUCUCUCGUGCCUUACCACGGGACCACUACCGGUACGUUCAACGGAUGGCGGACCGCUUCUGGGAGCUGUGGCAUGGAGCAUUCCUGCAGUCCAUGACCUCGCGACGCAAAUGGACAAGACCAGCCCGGAACUUAGCGGUUGGCGAUUUCGUGCUCGACGAUUGGAAGGAUGCACCGCGAGGACGCUGGCGGACCGGAAGAGUUGUGAGAACGUAUCCGGGAAAGGAUGAACUAGUUCGAGCGGUAGACGUCGAGUUUUCUACAGGGAUAUUGCGCCGUGGAGCUAAUCAACUCGCCUUAUUGGAACCAAGCUCACUCGCUCCGGAAGCCGGAUCCAGUUCGGGGGAGAAUGGUUCGGCGGAUGCUGUUUAG